UGAGUGUUUUUGUCAGUUACUCGUUAACCGUCGUCCGUGCUGAACGUCUUAAAAGAAAUAAUCUCCUCGAUUCGUGUGUGAAUUUAUUCCUAUAUCAAAAGUGAAGCAACAAGUGGAUAUAUCAAGUGAAAAUUUUCAAAAAAAAGGGAGAGAGAAAAAAGCUGCCACAAAAAUUUUCGGCAUUUUUUUCUGUGAACCAGUCACAUUUAUGCAUGAAAUUGAUGAUUAUAGUGAUUAACUAUUAAAAGUGAAAUAUUUGUGCAAAAAAGGCAGUUUUAAAAUAAUUAAUGGAUAGAUAGGUGCACAAAAAAAAUUGGAUAUUUCAUGCGAUUGCCGACACUGUAAAAGCAAGAAGUGAACAUCGAAAGUAAAAGAUAGAGUAAGAGUGACGAGCAGACGGUAAUUUUUUUAAAAAAAAAGAUUUCGUGGACGUGCGUGUAUACUACGCGAUAGUAGUUAGUAGUUGUAAGUAGAUAGAGAUGGAAGGUAGCAUGGAUACAGACCAUAAAGAUUACGCUUUUAAGAAUGAAAUUUCACUAUCAAUUGGUGAUGACAGUAUAGAUUCCUCAGCAAUAUCAACACCAUCGACAGUUACACCACAAGCUGCACCAACACCAUCGCCAAGACAAAAUUCUACGGAAGACACAAAGCCAUUAACAGCAGAUAUGGCUGAUGAGAAGAAACCAGAGGGAAUUGAUAAUAAGGCAUUUGAAGCCACAGAAAAACCGCCACUAUCAUCAUUUGGCAAUGGUCAUAGUAAUGGAUUGAAUGAGACUGCAAAUGGUAAUGGCACGAAAAAUGGUCAAAUGAGUGACAAGAAAUUAGCAGAAGCUGUUAAUUUAGAAUUAAUUAACAUUAAUAGUAAUAAUAACAACAAUAUGAAAAAGCCAACAACAACGAAUGGCAAGCAGAGUAGUGAUCUUCCAAUGAAAAAGGACAGCGAUGUUGAGAUGGGUCGAAAGGAUGAUUCAUAUGAUGAAUAUUUCGUUCCCGUUAACGAGCACAGAAAAUAUAUGAGAGGUGAGAAAUUAUUUAUAACGAAGGACAAACGGGCCGAGACGAGAAGAAAUAAGUUGUGCUGGUUAUUGUGCAUUGGUAUUGUUGCAGCUGUGAUUAUUUUGGGUAUUUGUGCAGCAUCCGGAGUAUUCAGCUCGUCUGAUUCGCCUGUUGAAGCAAGACAAUUUGGUGAUAAAAUAAAUAAUACGGAACUUCAUGGAGCUGGCAUUGGUGGAAUUCCUUCCGAAAAGCAACCGGAGACAACAAUGGGUACAACAACAGUUUCAUCGACCACUACAACCACUGAAUUUUCAACACAAGAUCCAUUUUUAGAUAGCAUAGUCUCGUCAUCUGUUGCACCUGUUGAUGAAGAAAUAUCUUAUGUUCCUAAUUCAUUGGAAGGCCAAAUAACAUUAUCAAAUGCUGAAUUUUCACCGGAAUACAAUGAUGAGAGAUCACCUGUUUACAAGAAAUUGAUUAAAGACUUGGAGAAUGAAAUCAAGAAUGCAUUAUCACAAAAUGGCAAUGAGGAAUUCUUUGUAAAAAUCAUUGGAUUGAAAUCUGGAUCAGUUGUUGUUGAUUAUCGUGUCAGUUGGAUGCCACGUGAUUCACAGUUAACUCCAGAAGAAAUGAUGCAACGUGUUAAGAACUUCCUUCAUGCACACAAUCAUGAAUUUAUGUCUCGUUAUCAUGUUAAUGAAAAUACAUUAAGAACAGCACGAGUGCCUGAUCGAUGUGUAUCAUCAGAAAGAAAUGGAUGUGAUUUUGAUUGUGAAUUUAAUUCUGCUAUUGUCGAUUUCAAGUGUCUUUGUCCAUCUGAUAGAGUUUGGGAUGAUGACUGGAAGGAAUGUAUCGAUGAAAAAACAGACUCAGUCUACACUUCCGACGCUGUAAGUGAACCCUCUUCUGAACCAGCAAGCGAGCCUGCAUCAGAACCAACUAGUGAACCAGCAAGCGAGCCAGCUAGUGAACCUACCUCAGAGCCUGCAAGUGAACCAAGUUCUGAACCUUCUAGUGAACCAAGUUCUGAACCUUCUAGUGAACCAAAAUCUGAACCAGAACCUACUAGCGAACCAAAAUCAGAGCCUGCAAGCGAACCAAGUUCCGAGCCAGCUAAUGAACCAGCCAGCGAGCCAAAAUCCGAACCAGAACCUACAAGUGAACCAAAAUCAGAGCCUACUUCCGAAGCAACAAGUGAGCCUAUUUCCGAACCAACAAGUGAGCCUGUCUCCGAACCAACAAGCGAGCCUGCUUCAGAGCCUAAUAGCGAACCAAGUUCUGAACCAUCAAGUGAGCCUAAGUCUGAACCAGAGCUAUCAAUUGAGUCCAAGUCUGAACCAGAACCAUCAAGUGAGCCAAAAUCAGAACCAGAGCCAUCAAGCGAACCAAAAUCCGAACCAGAGUCAUCAAUUGAGUCCAAGUCUGAACCAGAACCAACAAGUGAGCCCAAGUCAGAACCAGAGCCAUCAAGCGAACCGAAAUCCGAACAUACAAGUGAACCUGCUUCAGAACCAACAAGCGAGCCAGCUAGUGAACCAACAAGUGAGCCAGCUAGUGAACCUACAAGCGAACCAGCCUCAGAGCCAUCAAGUGAACCCACAUCAGAACCAAAGAAUGAAACAGAAGUAGAAUUAGAAAAGUCAAAAGUUUAUCUUGGAGAAAAGAAAUCAAAAGUACUAGACGAAGAAGAACACCAGGAAGAAUCAACUAAAUCAAACAAACCAGUAACUGAAGAUAUCGAGGAUAUUCCAAGACCAACAGAAAGCUUUGUUUCAGCCUUUCAUGGAAGAAAUCAAGGCGGUGUAAAUAUUUUUGACAUGAACUCGACAGUACAAGAUGCCGUUAAUGCUACAACAACAACUAUAUACUCCACGACAAGUCCAAUUAAUUUAUGGCCAACAGAAAAUAUGCACGAGUCACAUGACAUGUCACCAUUCUUGCCAGAGACUGAAAAUUCACAACAUAAGACUGAACAAAAGAGUUAUUCAGUGACUGAAAAUGUAUCAGAAGGUGAUAAUGCGCCACAUGAUCAAUCGCCAUUCCUUCCAGAGUCUGAAAACAAGCACAUCUUAGGUGGAUCACAAACAGCAGAGGAAUCUGAUGAAACGUUAAAGAAAAAUGUGACUGAAAAAACAGAAGACUCAAAAAUCAUCAAUAUUGUUCCAAUUCGUCUAGAGACAACCACUUCAACGGUAUCUAAUGAGUCAUUAACAAAGGAAGAUGAGGAAACAACCACAGAAGAACAAAAGUCAACUGAAACAGCUGUAAAAUUAGAUGAGAAUGUAGCAUCACCUAUUCCUGAAAGUUCAACAGCAUCACAAGUACCAACUGAGUCAACAAGUACGACAACAGAAGAAUCUAAGAAUGAAGACAUAGCAAGGCCAAAAAGUGACGAAGACGAAGCAGUUCCAAAAGAGGAAGAGAAUGACGAAAACGAAAAUAUUUUCGGUGAAGAAGUAGAAAAUGAAAAUGAGGAAGAGGUAAAGGUAUCAGCAGAAAGUACAACCGCAGCUCAUGUUGAAAACAUCACCGAAACCGAAAAAAUUGAUGUCCCAGCACACACAGAACCAACAGUUAUAAAAGAGUCUUCAGAAUCACCAGCACCAACAAGUGAAACUAUUCAAGAAACAACUUUCGGUGAAAAAUCAGAAGUUCCAUCAUCAAUUGUUGAAGUUAAUGUAACAAAAGUUGAAUCAUCAUCUGCAUUGUUUGAAGUUCCAACAUCAUCCACAACAGAAUCAGAAAAAGUACAAGAGAUAUCAUCGACUACUGAAGAAAUUUUGAACACAAAAGAUGAGACUUCAACUACAGAACCUCAAGCAUCGUCCACAACAGAAGCUCCUUUAUCAACAACAGAAGAAGUAAAAUCAAUCAUAACUGAAGAAUCAACAUCAGAAAAACCACAAACCACAACAACUCCAUUGGAAGUAUCAACAAGCGUAAAACAAGUCGAUGAGGGUGCUUUGGCUAGAUCAAAGAUUAAGUUGACUGACUUUGCUCAUCCUGAAGAUGAUUUACAGGAAAAUGAUAAUUUACUUGAAGUCCUUCCAUUAAAAUCUAAAAAUAUUGAGUUGGCAACAACAACAGAAGCAAGCUUACAACAAACUAGAGAAAAUGAAGUUACAGAAAAGACAGAAACUACCGGUAAUUUUUUAGAACAAACGACGUUUCCUUCGGUUAAGCCUGAAUCGGACGAAGCGUCGUUAAACUCUCGUAAUGCAAAGGAAAUAUCCGAUUUUGAUGAGGACAAGCAAACAAUUAAGGAUGAAGUUAAGGAAGCAAUUGAAAAAUUAUUUAAACCUGGAUUCCUUGAAACUGUUGAUUCAUGUCCUGAAGAUAAAUUCAAGUGUGCCUACUCAAAUGAAUGCAUCUCAAAAUUAAAGGUUUGUGAUGGUAAAGCUCAAUGUGCUGAUCAUUCUGAUGAAUGGAACUGUAAAUUUUUGACAAACAACACAAAUAUCUUACAAGUCAAUUAUCAAGACAAGAUCCUUAAAGUAUGUGGAACUGGAUGGACAAGAGAAUUAUCAGAUAAGGUUUGUCAACAACAUGGAUUCGCAGGUGCUAUUGACUGGAAGAAUAAUGCAAAUUCAGAUAGCAGAGAUGAAAAAUAUCUUGUUGCACAAGACAUGUCAUUAAAUGAUUUUGAAUUCUCCGAGUCAUGUGAUGAUGGCGUAGUUGAGAUUGAAUGUCAAGAAUAUGUUUGCGGAUCAAAUAAAACAAAUCGUGAUGAAGGUGAAUUUUCUGGACUCUCGCUUGUUAUCAACAAAGACUCAACACGACGAUGCAGUGCCAACAUCAUUUCACCACUCUGGGCUAUAACUAGUGCUGCAUGUAUCAAUCAACCUAAUGAAGAUUGGGUUUUGAUUGCUGGAAAUUCAGAAUUAAAUAUGAGUAAGAUCAGCAAGGAUAGUGUCAUCAGUUUAGUCAAUGAAGUCGUCACAUAUCCAGGCAAUGAAUAUGCACUUUUACAUUUAAAACAAGUCUUGAGAUUCAGUGACAACGUAUAUUCAGUGUGUCUUAGACAGCAGCCUUUCCAAGAAAGUAAAGAAUGUCUCACAACUGGAUGGUUAACAAAGCAAGACAAUUCUCUCGAAAAAUACGAAAAGAUAGUGUCAGUUCAAGGUAAUUGCACAUCAAGAACCGAUGAACUUUGUGUCUCACCAAAGAGCGAAACGAGCGGUGAAUGUUAUAAUGAUAGAGGAGCAGCACUUUAUUGCUAUUCAUAUGAUUAUAAGAGAUGGCUACUGAACGGAAUCCAAACACAAGAGAAAGAUUGUGGCGAGAAGCCAGAAGUUUUCACAAGCCUUACAAAAGAAACAGUCGAGUGGAUCAAAAACACGGUUGGAAAUGACCGAAUGUUUCUUUAACUACUCAAACGCAACAUAACAAAGAUUUUUCAGUAAAAUGAUCAGAAGAUGUCUUUCCUUUCUAUUUCGAUAGAGUUUAAAGGCCUUCAUAGCUAGUCACAAAUUAUUAUUUUGUGCCAAUAUCAAUUUUUAAAAAAGAGAAAAAAAUAAUGAUGAAAUUACUAUUGAGUUAUGACUCAAUUUAUCAUGGCAUUUAAUGUCAUAAGAAUGUUAAAACUUUCGAAAAAUUCUAAAAAUUUGAGGAUUAAUCCUGAGUUUCCACGCCUUGUUUUAAGCAGAGAUUGAAGUUGACUCAAAUUUUGAUAAAGUCAAAUCUUUAAAGUUUGAUUCAACUUUGGGCUCUGGUUUUAAGGAAAUGUUUGAGUAUGUACGAGAACUCAGUCCACUUUGUGGUUUUCAAAUGGCUGACGAGUAAGUAGAUACCCUUAAGAUCCCUUAAGUCGAUCUGAUAAGAAGCCUUUUCAUCAGAAUCUCAAUUUCAUUGAAUUGCUUCUCAAACCUCAAAUGACAUAAGCAUUUAAUAACAGCAAAGUUGAGCUGAUAAAGCCUUAAAUAGCACCAUAAGCUUUUAAAAUUGAGAUACCAUUUGAAAAAAAACUGGCUCCUUGACAUUUCCUUAAAUAUCCAGCAUAAACUCCAAUCUUUUAAAAGAAAACAAAUAUUAAAUUUGGAUCAAAAAGAAACUCAAGAAAAAAAACAAUUCAGAAUGAAAAAAAUUCCACCCUUGACUUUUAAGAUUAAGUAUAAAGUUCGUCGUGUAUUUAAAUAAAUUUUUCUCGUAUUAGGUAUAUUAUUGAUGAGUGACAUCAGAGAAAGAACUCAUUAAUUUGUUAGGUUUUGAUGAGAUCAAGUACUUAUUACUAUUUUGCCAUUGUUAAAGUCAUUCCUUUACAUGCUUCUUUUUUGGAACUAUCACUAAAAAGUCAAUAAUCGAUAAAAAAAAGAACUUUGAAGAGCAGCAACACUUUCCACAUUAGUAUUCAUCACAGAGCGUAUUGAACUGCAUUUUAUUAAUAAGUAAUUGAUCUCCAAGUAUAUGAAAAUGAUUAAAUUAAUGUAGUAGUGUUAGUAGAUUAGAACUUAUUAGGUAUCGUUAAGAAAUGAGUGUUUUCAAUAGAAUAUCUGUGGUUUGUUUAAUAUAAAUAUCAAGUAUUUAAGUAACAUUUAUAUCAGUAAACCUCCAAUUCAGUAAUACAUUCCGAUUAAAUAAGUAAGAAUCUUAAAAUUUAAAUUGCAAAAUAAUUUUCCGUAAUCAGUUUUUAAAUCAAAUUUUAAUGGAUUAAUUUCAGACGUUUAUGUUACCAAAUGAUGGGAAAAUUAUGCAAUUAUGGGGAGGUAUCUAAUAUUAGUAAUGAAUAAAGAAGAAUAGUUUCUGUAAAUAAUUUUAUUUUAAACUUUUAUCAUCAUUUCCCGAGUGACACAUUAUGGUAUUGGCAAUUUUAUGGUUGCUUCAAAGUUACUUUAAAUGAUUUGACGUGGAAUCUGAUACUCAUCACUUAUCAACAAAGAAUUAAAACUACGCGUAAGAUGAGACUAAUUAUCAAUCUCAAGAGCCGGUUUAUUAAGUUUGUCCUUGCCAUAUACUAUAGUAUGGCUAGAAUUCACUUAAGGAUAUACCCAAGAAACAUACCUCAUACCUUGAUCUUUGUGAAUCAGAAUAUGUCACCAAUAAAAUCGCAAUUGCCAUAAUCUAUCCCUCGGAUUUACUUAUUGUUGUAAAUAAUUAUCAAGUUUGCCGAUUUGAAAUCAAUAAGAACUUAUUGUCAUUAAAAAAUCUAUGUCUAAUGUACUUAUAAAGCAA